AUGUCGACGAGAAAAUCAUACAACGAGAAGGAGUUGGCAAGCACUUCUAUCACUCCUGUUAGUGAAAUCGAAGACGAUGUGAGUACGAACGCAUACUCUAAAACUAAGAAAGACCAAGGAUUCUUCAAAAAUUUUAUCGAUGGUUUCAAACCUAUAGAUCUAGGUGAAAUCGAUCCUAACCUCACUGAUAUUGAAAGGGCCAACCUCAUUUCUGCAAGAGCUCCAUUGAAGAGAGGCUUGAAAAACAGACACUUGCAAAUGAUUGCAAUUGGUGGUUCCAUCGGUACUGGUUUAUUCGUUGGUUCUGGUUCAGCAUUGGCCACUGGUGGUCCGGCUGCCCUUGUCAUUGCCUGGAUCUUGACCGGGUGUAUGAUGUAUUGUACCGUCCAAGCGUUGGGUGAAUUGUGUGUUGCUUUCCCUGUCUCUGGUUCUUUUGUUCAAUACAAUACUAGAUUUAUAUCCAGUGCUUGGGGGUUCUGUAUGGCUUGGAAUUAUGCCUUGCAAUGGUUAGUUACUUUGCCUCUUGAAUUAGUUGCUGCCGCAAUCACAAUCGACUACUGGAACUCAGAAGUUAGCUCUGCGGCUUGGGUCACUAUCUUCUACGUUUUGGUUUUGUUUAUCAAUGUCUUUGGUGUCAAGGGUUACGGUGAGGCCGAGUUCAUCUUCUCUGCUUUGAAGGUCUUGGCCAUCAUUGGUUACAUCAUCCUAGGUAUUGUUAUCAACUGUGGUGGUGGCCCUAAGGGUGGUUACAUUGGUGGCCAGUAUUGGCAUCAUCCUGGCGCCUUUGCCGCUGGCUUCAAAGGUGUCUGUGCUGUGUUUGUUACAUCUGCAUUCUCGUUUGCAGGUACGGAAUUGGUUGGUUUGGCAGCUGCUGAAACUGAAAACCCUAGAGUAUCUCUACCAUCUGCUACAAAACAAGUUUUCUGGAGAAUUACUCUUUUCUACAUCAUCUCCUUAACUUUAGUUGGGGUUAAUGUCCCAUACGAUGAUCCACGGCUAUUGGGCAACUCUGGUGCUGCUGCUUCUCCCUUUGUCAUUUCCAUCCAAAAUGCUGGUAUUAGAGGCUUGCCAUCUGUCAUGAACGCCGUUAUUAUGAUUGCCGUCUGUUCUGUUGCUAACUCCUCUGUUUAUGGUGCAUCAAGAACAGUUGCCUCUUUGGCUGACCAAGGUUUUGCUCCAAGAAUUUUUGGUUAUAUUGACAGAGAGGGAAGACCAUUAGCUGGUGUUGUUACUUCUCUCAUCAUUGGUCUAUUGUGUUACCUAGCAGCAUCUUCUCAUCAUGACGAUGUUUUCGACUGGAUGUUGGCAUUGUCCGGUUUGUCCUCUAUCUUCACAUGGGGGUCCAUCUGUGCAUGCCACCUCAGAUUCAGAAGGGCUCUCUAUGUCAAAGGCAGAGGAACCGAUGAACUACCAUUCUGCGCUCAACUUGGUAUCUAUGGUUCCAUAUUUGGUGUCUUGUUGAACUGCUUGAUCUUAAUGGCCCAAUUCUGGGUUGCAUUAUUCCCGAUCGGUGAAAAGGCCAAUGCCACCUCGUUCUUCCAGGUUUUCUUAUGUGUUCCUGUUGUCAUUGUUUGUUACGUGUUUUGGGUCUUUUACAAGAAGGACUACAAGUUCUUCGUCAGAUCUGCAGAUAUCGAUAUCGACACCGGCAGAAGAGAAGUUGAUUUGGAAUUGCUCAAACAAGAACUUGCCGAAGAGAAAGCUUUUAUUGCAUCCAAGCCAUUCUACUAUAGACUCUAUAAGACAUGGUGCUAG